UCGGAAGCAGUCGCAUUAACAAUUUAAUUAUUUCUAUGUAGAAAGAGAGAAGAUCCUGCUUCCUGGAAAUUGCAGGAGCUUUUGAACAAGAUGCUUUUCUUGGACCAUUCUUCAAGCACUACCCCCAUGGUUUAGGAAUAAUAUGUCUAUAUCUAAUUAGGAUAAAUAGGCCGUGGAGGACUGGGAAAGUCCCCUCCUGAUUGAAGAAGACAAAGCUAGCUGGGGAUCAGAGAAUAGUGGUGCUCCCAUUGGAGAACAAGUAAGAUGGCGAGAAGUCCUUGUUGUGACAAGAUGGGAUUAAAGAAGGGGCCAUGGACUCCUGAGGAAGAUAAAAUUCUGGUGGCCCAUGUUCAAAAACAUGGCCAUGGAAAUUGGCGAGCCCUUCCAAAACAAGCCGGACUACUGAGAUGUGGGAAGAGUUGCAGGCUCCGAUGGGUGAACUACUUACGACCCGAUAUCAAGAGGGGAAAUUUCAGCAGAGAAGAAGAGGAUGCCAUCAUUGACUUACAUGAAAAGCUUGGCAAUAGAUGGUCUGCCAUUGCAGCGAGAUUACCGGGUCGGACUGACAAUGAGAUAAAGAAUGUGUGGCACACCAACUUGAAGAAGAGGCUCAAAAAAAAAUUGGUCACUCCUAAUUCUAAAGGCCACUCUACUGCAGCAGCGUCCAAAUGUGACUCGGGUUCUGCGUGCCAGUCCGAACCAGUCAAUUUAAAUUUUCCAGGAAAAAUAUCCCCACAACCAUCUUCCAGUGAAUUCUCUUCAAUUACAGACUCCCCAAUAAGGAACAUGGAGAGACACAUGAACACUGGCAUCAAGGAUGAACAGAUGGACUCACUGGAAUCAUUUCCUGAAAUUCAUGAAAGUUUUUGGUCAGAUGCACUGUCCUCUGAUAAUUCAAGCAUGCCAUCGGCUUUCCAUACCGUCAACGACGAAUCACAGCUUCAAUUUCCAUUAUCUCCAGCCGAUGCCCUGGAAGUUGGGUAUGGACACAGUUCCAGAAUUGAUGACGGCAUGGAGUUUUGGUAUGACGUUUUCAUCAGAGCCGGAGGCUUACAAGAGCUUAAUUGAUUCCUGUUUUGGUGGAUUCGAAAACAGUGAUGCAUAGUUUUUGAACGUUUGUAGAAAGGGCAGAUCAUACAGGGAAUUCCAGUGGGGCAAAGUCGUCUGGAGUCCAAAAGCUAGAAUCCUUCAUUGAUCCCACUAAAGUUAAAGCACAUCCAGAAACCAGAUAGAGGAGAAAUUAGCCUUGAUGCUAGUGGAACUCGGAAGGAGCCUCACUAAGAAAACCACUAAUUAAUUCCUCUGCAGUGCAAAGAUACCGCUUAGUUUUUCAAUUUUAAUAUUUUCAAAGUAUAUAUGUAGGCCAACUCAAUGUACUGAUUCAAUACCAUAAGGAAUUUUAAGUCAGA